CUGCAUAGCUUAGGUAGCUUGCUAACCUGUGAUAUAAACCAGAGAUAACCGAUGUGUAAACUGUCAACAAAUAUUGUGUAUCAAUAACCUCUUUUUUUAUUAUUGUUAUUGUUAUUUCAAUUACUUGAAAAAUGGCUUCCUCAGACUCUUUACAAGUUAGUUCUUUACCACUGCCUCCAAUGCAAUAUGUAAACCAGUACACGGACGAAUUAAUACGUCGGGGGAGAGCCCCAAAACCGCCGCCCCCGAUUCAAGAUACAUAUCAAAUGUUCGGUAAUGGUUUUAACACUGAAGAAAGUAUCAUCAGACCUCUAGAAAGUCAGGGAAUUAAAAGGUUAUAUCCUUUGCACUUUGAUAGAAGAAGAGAACUCAAAAAACUGAACCAAUCACUGCUAGCUAAUUUUUUGGACCUGCUGGAUCUUCUAGUAAACUGCCCAGAUUCUCCUAGAAGAGCGGAAAAAGUGGAGGAUCUCAGUUUGCUCUUCAUUCACAUACACCAUUUGUUAAACGAAUUUAGACCACACCAAGCCAGGGAGACCCUACGAGUGAUGAUGGAGUUACAAAAAAGGCAGAGAAUUGAGACUGCAAAUAGGUUUCAAAAACAUUUUGAUAGAGUUACAGAUAUUCUGCAGCAAGCUAUACAAAAUUUACCAGAACCAAUGGAAUUAGACACUAAAAUGAUGGUGGAUGAUUUCAUGUUUACUCAGGAAAAUAAAGAAAAAGAUGAUGCAGAUAGUGAUCCAUGUUAUAUUUUAGAUAGGAUUAUGUGUAAUAUUGUUGAUAACAUGCCCUGAUUGUUGCAUAAAUGGUUAUUUUUAAGUAUUAAAUUGAGGUAUUGUAAUUUAAUAUAAUAUUUUUACAUUAA